AUGUCACUCGCAAGGGGCUCGUUUAUAAGAGUUUUCUUAUCAUCAACAGAAUCAGCGUCUAGGGAAGUGGGGGUGUCUAGCGCACUGAGAUCCGGCAAACCCUCAGGUUUAGACUCGGGCUUAGACUCAGGUUCUAGCUCAUGCAAUACCUCUGUACGCAUCCGCUUGAGGGGCGCCUCAAUAAGAUCAGUGGUCUCGAGCGUCCUUGGACGUUUCAAAACAUCAGGCUCCUCUGCAUCCAGAAGGUCAGUCCGGAAGCUUUCAAAUAUGGUGGUGUCGAUUUCGGCAGGGGGUUCAGGGUCCACACGCAGCACAGAAGGAAGCUGGGGGUUGCCAGAGUCAUCGGAGUCAUCGGAGUCGUCGUCGUCGACCCCUUCAAGACGUGCCAAUUCGGUCAAAUGGGAAAUGCGGCGCAAAUCCGACACCUUAUCUGCGGAGCUGGCGUUGGCAUCGUCGUCCAAAAAGUCCAUUUUGUCAGUUUCGGCCUCGCUAUCGUCAUCACCCAAGUCCGAGAGCUCGCUGCUCUCGUAG